UAUCGUCUCAUUAUUCGGCAAUCUUUCAAUAUUUGGAGAAUCUUGUCAGUCGAAUUUUGACAGUUGCGUUGUACUCAUUUUCGAAGUCUCUAUCGCGAUUACAACUGUCAUCGAAUGAUUUUCAGUGAUGAAAAUCAGCGCGAUCGUAAUCAUUGUUAACGCAACCUUGUAACUCUUCUUGCGAGAAGAAAAAAAGUCUAGAGUGAUUAUUCAAUAAUUACAUUUAGUCAUCGGACAGUGAUAAAGUGAUCGAUACAAUAAAGAAUUGUCAUCAAAAAGGAAUAUCAUCAUGAUUGCAACGUCAAGAAAAUAAUAGGAGUAUGAAUGGUGUUAAAAAAAUUAUAUGACAAAUGACGACAGAGAGAAGUAAUGUUUCACUAAAACCAGUGGAAAUAUCAUGGAGAAUAUAAAUAUUGUUGUAUUUUUGAACAUUCACGGAUCUAAAAACAUCGGCAUGUGGUCGCUUAAUAUUUCAUUAUGACAACCAAUGAGAAAAAUAAAGAAGAAGAGACAACAAGGAUAAAAUAUUAUAAAAAAUUGGCGAAGUAAACAUAUUUUCGCUAAAAUGGUCUUCAGCACAAUAGUAGUGACAUCAGCCUUGAAGGGUGCUAUUAGUUUGAUGGGUACAGGUUUAUGGCUUGUACCAUUGCUAAUCGCGGGUCUCUCUUAUUAUCAUUAUGAUCAAUUAGAUCCCGAGAGUCGACCUAUCAACAGGUAUCCUCUGUACUCUAAUUACGAUUUCGUUGUGAUCGGCGGCGGAUCAGCUGGAGCGGUGGUUGCCAGUCGACUCUCAGAGAUACCUGAUUGGAACGUGUUGUUAUUGGAAGCUGGUCCGGAUGAAAAUGAAAUCACGGACGUGCCAUCUCUGGCCGCGUAUCUGCAAUUGACCAAAUUGGAUUGGAAGUAUAAAACCGAGCCCACAGGCAAGGCUUGUCUAGCUAUGAAAGGUGGUCGUUGCAAUUGGCCGCGUGGUAAAGUUUUGGGCGGUAGUAGCGUUCUAAACUAUAUGCUAUAUGUACGCGGUAACAGACACGAUUACGAUUACUGGGAAUCGCUAGGCAAUCCCGGUUGGGGAUAUGAGCAAGUCCUUUACUACUUCAAAAAAUCGGAAGAUAAUCGAAAUCCGUAUCUACAGAAAAGUCCUUAUCAUGCGACCGAUGGUUAUUUAACAGUUCAAGAAUCACCAUGGAAGACACCUUUAGUGGUUGCUUUCAUUCAAGCUGGCGUUGAAAUGGGAUAUGAAAAUAGAGACAUAAAUGGCGAACGGCAGACUGGUUUUAUGAUAUCUCAGGGAACUAUUCGUAGAGGAAAUAGAUGCUCCACUGCGAAGGCUUUUCUACGACCUGUUCGAUUGCGUAGAAACAUUCAUACAGCUAUAAAUAGUCAUGUAACGAAAAUCGUGAUCGAUUCAUUGACGAUGAAGGCGAUAGGUGUCGAAUUUGUCAGAGACGGUCGCAAACAAAUGGUGAGAGCGCGGAAGGAAGUAAUAUUGUCAGCAGGUGCCAUCAACAGUCCUCAAAUAUUAAUGUUGUCGGGAAUCGGACCAAAGGAGCAUCUACGGCACAUUGGUAUUCCUGUUAUCAAAGAUCUUCGGGUUGGCGACAAUCUUCAAGAUCACGUAGGCAUGGGUGGUUUAACAUUCCUUAUCGAUAAACCAGUUGCCAUAGUUCAGGAUCGUUUCCAAGCGGCUCCGAUGACAAUGCAUUAUGUGAUCAAUGGUAGAGGACCUAUGACGACCUUGGGUGGUGUUGAAGGUUACGCCUUUGUUAACACAAAAUAUGCUAAUCACUCGAUCGACUAUCCAGAUUUGCAAUUCCAUAUGGCGCCAGCUUCUAUUAAUUCUGAUGCGGGAAUGCAAGUCCGGAAAAUCCUUGGUUUUACAGACGAAGUAUACAAUACUGUAUUUAGACCAAUUACUAACAGAGACGCUUGGACCAUUAUACCUGUUUUGUUAAGGCCUAAGUCUCGUGGCACCGUACGAUUAAAAAAUUCUAAUCCUUUCCAUAGUCCUAUUAUCAACGCAAAUUACUUUUCCGAUCCCAGGGACAUCGCCAUCCUCGUAGAAGGUGCGAAAAUUGCCAUUAAGAUCAGCGAAGCAAAAGUCUUUAAGCAAUUCGGUUCGAGAAUUCAUCGUGUCAAGUUGCCGGGAUGUAAACACUUGAAAUUCGGUUCCGACGCCUAUUGGGAAUGUCACAUUCGACACAUUUCUCAAACGAUUUAUCACCCUGUAGGCACUGCCAAAAUGGGACCACCUACCGAUCCUACCGCCGUAGUAGAUCCAAGAUUGAGAGUUUAUGGUAUCACAGGUCUUCGAGUCAUUGACGCGUCUAUCAUGCCGACAAUAUGCAGCGGCAAUACAAACGCUCCUGUCAUCAUGAUCGGUGAGAAAGGUGCCGAUCUUAUCAAGCAAGAUUGGUUGCGAUCAUCGUCAACAAUUAAUCGUGAAAGUAUCGGAGUAUUAAAUUUUUUGGAACAGGGCCAAUAUUCUCUAAAUCAGGAAAUACCGGACACGACUCCUGAAUUCAAAGAUGUAUAUGAUUUUGUAGUGGUUGGUGCUGGCACGGCCGGUGCCACGAUAGCUGCGAGAUUAAGUGAAAUUCCUCAAAUCAAGAUAUUACUGAUCGAAGCUGGAUCCAAUGAAAAUAUUCUCAUGGAUAUUCCGCUAAUCGUUCAUUUCCUACAGCUAAGUAAUGAUCUUAAUUGGAAGUAUCAAACCAAGCCAUCCAACAAAUAUUGUCUCGGUAUGAAUAACAAUAAAUGUAACUGGCCUAGAGGAAAAGUGAUGGGCGGUAGCAGCGUGCUAAACUACAUGAUUGCUACCCGAGGCGGCGCCGAGGAUUAUGAUCGCUGGGCUAAAAUGGGGAAUGAAGGUUGGGCUUACAAAGAUGUUCUCAAGUACUUCAAGAAAUUAGAAACAAUCGAUAUUCCGGAAUUACAAUCGGAUACUACCUAUCAUGGAACUAAAGGACCAUUGCACAUCAGCUAUCCAUUAUUUCAUACACCAUUAGCACAUGCUUUUCUACAAGCUGGUAAAGAGCUAAAAUAUCCACUGAUAGAUUACAACGGAAAAGACAUGAUAGGAUUUUCAUAUGUGCAGAGUACGAUUAUGAACGGCACUCGCAUGAGCAGUAAUAGAGCAUACUUGUAUCCCAUACACAAUCGCAAAAAUCUUCACGUGACUCGUCAGAGUAUGGUGAGAAAAGUGCUAAUCGAUCGUCGUACAAAUCGUGCGAUUGGCGUCGAGUUUACUAAAUAUGGUCGGAUUAUCUCUGUGCUCGCCAGCAAAGAAGUAAUAUUGUGUGCAGGUGCAAUUGGAUCGCCUCAAUUGCUAAUGCUGUCCGGCAUUGGACCGGCUGAGCAUCUUACCAAACUCGGAAUAGAUGUUAUUCGAAAUGCGCCGGUUGGGGAGAAUCUAAUGGAUCACGUGUCUUUCGGUGGAUUAACGUGGACAGUGAAUACAUCGGUAAGUUUAAAAAUGCAGGACAUGAUAAAUCCUAUUAAUCCGUAUAUAGCAGAUUUCCUAAUGAGACGAUCGGGACCACUUACAAUUCCGGGCGCGUGUGAGGCUCUCGCUUUCAUCAAUACUAAGCAUCCAGAAAAACGCAGCGGUUUGCCGGAUAUAGAAUUACUGUUUACCGGCGGUGGAUUUAAAGGAGAUCUUGUUCUUCCGAUUGCCUUAAGACUCUCAGAUAAUACGUACAACACUGUCUUUAAGCCUAUCGAAAAUCAGGAAGCCUGGUCGAUCUGGCCAAUUAUUCAAUAUCCUAGAAGCGUCGGUCGUCUUACGUUGCAAUCGAAGGAUCCGUUCGAGCCACCCAAGAUGGAUCCAAACUUUUUCAGUCAUCCAGCUGACAUAGAAAUCAUUCUAGAGGGAAUAAAACACGCUAUCAACAUAUCCAAGACUGAAGCCUUUCAAGCUUAUGGCAGUCGAUUACACGAUAUAAAACUACCAGGCUGCGAAUCAUUUAAAUUUGCUUCCGAUGAUUAUUGGCGUUGCGCCAUCAAGCAUCUACCAUCCAUGAUGAAUCAUGAGAUUGGAACCGCUAAAAUGGGACCCAAGACGGACGCUUACGCAGUUGUUGAUCCACAGCUAAGAGUGUAUGGUAUUAAGAGACUUAGAGUAGUAGACGCUGCGAUCAUGCCCACGAUACCUUCUGGUCAUGCAAAUGCAGUAAUUUACAUGAUCGGUGAAAAAGCCGCAGAUAUGAUCAAAGAAACUUGGGAAAACACAUUGUAAGAGAGAUCUGUUCUCUUCCAUGCAAAACCCAAAAAAAUUUAAGAAAAAUAAUGUAAUCAUAAAAAACAAUUAACAAUAAUAACACAGUAAUAGAGACGGAAGCAAUUCUAAAUAUUAAAAUGAGUAGUACAGAUAUAUGAACAGUAUCGAGAAGGUUUUAAUUUGCAAGCAAAGAUUCAAGAAUUUAAAAAUAAAACAUGUGAUCUUAUAGAUAAGCAUGUCGACUUUUUUGUUUAAUCUGUCCAACAAAUAAAGGAAGAGAAUUUCUAAGAUAAAAUCAUCGAGAGAUAAAAAUAAGAAAGUGAAAGGAAGAGGUCAAUGAAUGGUCCUUGUGAAAAUGUCCUUGAGUGGAAAUAGUCCUAUAGUCCGAAUAGUCCGUAUAGAAAUAAAAGACAACCGACAAUAUUUAAAAAUUAAUAAAUAGUGACAAAACAUUUUUAAAAUUGCAAUCCACGUCCAGAAAUGUCGCAUUUUCUCGUUAACAAUAAAGUUAUAUCAGAAACGUUAAAAAAUUUAGAAAAUUGUUUGAUAAAUUCUCAAUAACCUACUUAAUUUUUUAAUUUAUAAUUCAGCAAUUUUCAUGCACAAAAUAUUUAAUUAUAAAUAUUUUGUUAACUGUAAUCGACACAAUAAAUUCUUUUUGAAAACUACAAUUGUUAACAACUGAUAUACAUAAUAUUGUUUGCUUUCAUGAUUAUGUUUUAUUAUAUGUUUAUUUUUUGUCAAUUCUGUAAUAAGUUCUUCAUUAUCAUUUAAAGCACGUGAAAUACAUGCGCAAAUAUAUGUGCAAUAAAAAAAAUUAUAUGGAGCUCUCGUAUGUAUAAGCCACUGACGCGACUUAUAAGAAGGAAUUUGCAGUCCAAAUUUAUCACUUAAACCAAGCAAGUAUCAAAUCACAAGUACAAAACGCGCGAGAAAGCGCAUUUCUCUAGUAAGUCUUGAAACAAAGAAUAGUUAGUCAUAAGUUUUCGAAAAUCAUUAUACUUCUUGAAAACAAUAUCCUGACCGAUGCAACGAAAAAAAAGACAAGUAAAAAACAAUUUCUUAGCAGCUGAUGUAUUAUCGGAUUACGAAAGAAUUAUAUAAUAAGUUCAUAAUGAGUAUGUCAAAGAAUGAUCAAAGAAAUGUGUCUAAAAAAAAAAUGUGAGAAAGAUAAUGACAACAUUAUAUUGUGCACGUAUUAUAUGCAUUUUAGAAAUAGAAUUAUGGUGCGUAAUAUUCAUUUAUAUAUGUAAUCGUAAAUUGACUAAUUUAACAAUAAUAAAAUUUAAUUAAAUUAAAAUUAUUUAUUAUUAUGUAUAAUU